AUGGCGCGCACAACAUGGCUCGCUCCUAUCGUGGCAGCGAUGGACCUCAUCGCCUCUGUUCAAGCCGCUCAUGUCCAUUACACCUUAGAUCUGACCUGGAAAAGGGGGUCUCCCAAUGGAGUUGAGCGGGAAAUGAUUUUCGUCAAUGAUCAGUUUCCCGGACCGUCGCUGAUCAUGGAUGAAGGAGAUGAAGUGUCUAUCGAAAUAAAUAACCAUUUACCGUUCAACACAUCUGUUCAUUUCCAUGGCAUUGAGCAAAAGAAUACACCAUGGUCUGAUGGAGUAUCAGGUCUCUCUCAGUGGGGUGUUCUUCCUGGCGCAAGCUACACAUACAACUGGAACGCUACACAAUAUGGAACAUACUGGUAUCAUUCGCACGACAGGUCACGAAUCAUGGAUGGCUUGUAUGGCGCGAUAUAUAUCCGGCCUUCUCCCGACCGGGACUCGCCAUUUUCAAUGAUUUCGGACGACCCGGACGAUAUUGAGGCAAUGGAAAACGCGAGAGAUAAACCGUAUCUCGUGACCCUCUCGGACUGGGACCAUCUGACUUCAGAUGCCUAUAUGCAAGCCGAAAGGGAAUCCGGCUAUGACAUUUUUUGCUCUGACAGUAUCCUGGUCAACGGCAAGGGCUCAGUUAUUUGCAAAGACCCAGAAGAACUGACCAAUUUGCAACCACCACAGAUUAGAGCAGUGGUUAAUGCCACGCUCACUGAUAAAGGAUGCGAUCCAAAUCUUCUCGUCCUGCAAGGCGAUUGGGCGCACCACCCCGAGAAAUUGCCCGGGGGCCUCAACUCCGGAUGUGUACCCAGCGAAGCCCCACCCUCCGUCUUUGAAGUCGACUCAGACGCACAAUGGGCUAGCUUCAACUUUAUCAGUGCUGCCGCCCUGAAAGCCCUUUGGGUAUCGAUCGACGAGCACCCGAUGUGGGUGUAUGAAGUGGAUGGGGGGUACAUUGAGCCGCAACUGGCUCAUAGCAUGCCACUAUACAACGGACAACGAUAUUCCGUCAUGGUCAAGCUUGACCAAGAUCCCGCAAGUUACCAAAUGCGCGUAGCUGGCAAUGGAAACCAAGUCAUCUCCGGCUUUGCAACAAUCACCUACAAAGGGGGCGAGAACAGCCAGCACGAAUCAGUGCCGUACAUCGACUACGGUGGCAUCAACACUACAUCUUCGGUGAUAGUGCUCAACGAUACCAGUCUUCCUCCAUACCCAGAGAUUCAACCCGCUACCUAUGCCGAUGAAUUCCACCUUCUGACUCUCGGACGCAUUAAUUCAUCUUGGGAAUGGACAUUGGAUGGAACUACAUUCCUUCCUGCGAACCUUGCUUCCAUGGAGCCAGCUCUUAUCAAUCCCAAAUCCCCGGGCCUUGAUUCCUCACUCAAAAUUGAGACGAAGAAUAACACAUGGGUGGAUAUCGUUUUCCAGCUUGUGAUUCCACCCCCGACUUUACUCCAACCUCCUCACCCGAUUCAUAAGCAUUCGAACAAAGCAUUCUUGAUUGGAUCGAGCCAAGGAAACUUCACUUGGAACUCUAUCGACGAUGCUGUCCGUGCUUCGCCUCAAAGCUUCUUCGAUACUCCGGUGUACAGAGAUACUUUUACCACUUCACCGGCUGGCGCUGCCUGGAUUGCAAUUCGUUAUCAUGUCGAAAACCCAGGUGCUUUCUUGUUGCAUUGCCACAUGGAAACUCAUUUGGCUUCGGGCAUGGGUGUGGUGUUGCUAGAUGGAGUGGAUGUCUGGCCAGACGUUCACUCGGUAAAGGGAGGUUCCCAUUUGGGACAAUAA